AUGGGCGCGGGCGGCCCGCUGCUGCUGUGCGCCUCGCUGCUGCUGGCGGGCUGCGCGCUGGGCCUGCGCCUGGGCCGCGGUCGGGGCGCGGCGGACCGCGCGGUGCUCGCCUGGCUCUGCUACGACGCCCUGGUGCACUUGGCCCUGGAAGGCCCUUUUGUCUACUUGUCGUUUGCAGGAAGCGUUGCGGAUUCCGAAGGCUUGAUUGCUUCCUUGUGGAAAGAAUAUGGCAAAGCCGACGCGAGAUGGCUCUAUUUCGACCCGACCAUUGUAUCCUUGGAAGUUCUGACUGUUGUCCUGGAUGGGUCCCUGGCCUUGGUCCUCGUUUAUGCCAUAGUCACAGAGAAGUAUUACCGGCACUUCAUACAGGUGACGCUGUGCGUGUGUGAGUUGUACGGCGGCUGGAUGACCUUUGUCCCAGACUGGCUCGUGGGAAGCCCCAACCUCAACACCGACGACUGGCUCUACUUUGGGGUCUACCUGGUAUUUUUCAACAGCGUGUGGGUUCUGAUCCCAGGACUGUUAUUGUGUCAGUCGUGGGUGGAACUCAAGACGAUGCAUUACGGCCGGAGCAGCUCACGGAAGAAGCUGCAGUGACGCCUCCGAGUCGCAGCGCUGCUGUCCUCGGGGAGCGGGGAGCCCCGGCGGGUCAGGCCCUCGUGUGGCGGCCUAGCGCUCCACGUGCCGUCGCCUCCCACGCCUGCUCCUAAACAGCCUGUUUCCAAUUGAUCGGUCGGUGGCAAGUUUUUGUUAUUGUUGUUUUUGUUCUUAUUUCAAUUCAGUGACAGUGCGGGGAACAGAGAAUCCAUUUUAGCUUGUAAUAAUAACCCAUUUCCUUACGUGUUCUGAGGCUAGCUCGAGUUGUCCCACAGCAAUAAAGCCAAUUAUCAGAAAAUAC